GAAACGAAUAUGUUUAGAAUAACACUCGUGUGACAGGCGGUGUCGUCCACAUCCCGCAGGAAUCAUGGUCUAAAACGUCUUCUGGUGAAUUCAGAGGAAGAUGAAAACGUUCUGGUUUCAGGUGACCGAAGGACUCCAGUGGCUCGUUGACUGAUGGCGAGAUCAGAUUGUCGACAUGCUGCUGCUCUUUCUCAGAGAUGCAAAAGUUACGACUGUAAAAUGUGAUUAUUAAAGUGUUCUGAGAAACUGGAAAGUGUUCCUUGGAUGAAAAGCGCGUUUCCGGAUGGAGGACACAGAUCUGAGGCUGGAGUCAAGUUUGUGGGUCGGGAAUAAAAGAUACCGGGCGGUCCUGACGGGCUGGCACUUCAACUGGACCGAGGUCGAUAAGAAGAAUCGGGACAAGAAAACAAUUUCAGUCCCUGUGGCGGAGGUGGUUGGAGUGGAGAAGGGCCGCGUGGAGAUACUGCCCCAGAAGUCAGUCGAGGACACAGACAAAGACUUCACAGUGUUCUACGUGAAGCGCAGCAGCAGUGGGAGCUCUUAUGGGUUACUAUGGACACUGGGCCGGACCCAGUUCAGCUGCCUCAGUCGGGUGCUCAGAGACCAAUGGGCAAAACACCUAAGAACGGCUCUAAAAACUCACAGUCCGCUGCGUCCAAACAAGCUGUUGGUAUUUAUCAACCCAUUUGGAGGGAAGAAGAAAGGAAGAAAGAUCUACCAUUCUCUGGUGGCCCCUCUGUUUGAGCUAGCUGGUAUCAGCUCUCAUGUAAUAGUGACUGAGCGGGCAAACCAGGCCAGAGACCACCUGCUAAAGAAAGACCUGACAGGCUUUGACGGUGUGGUGUGUGUGGGUGGGGAUGGCAUGUUCAGCGAAAUACUUCACGGUUUGAUUGGGCGGACACAACAAGAGGCAGGCCUUUGUGAGAAUGAUCCCACUGUCAUGUUACAGCCUUGUCCGCUCCAUAUUGGCAUCAUCCCCGCAGGAUCUACAGACUGUGUGUGUUAUGCCACAGUUGGAGUGAUCAACCCUGUUACUUCAGCUUUGCACAUCAUCAUUGGAGACUCUCAGCCUUUGGAUGUGUGUUCAGUGCAUCAUGCCACUGCCCUGGUGCGCUACUCCGUGUCUCUGUUGGGUUAUGGCUUCUACGGGGAUGUACUGGCUGAGAGUGAAAAGUACCGCUGGAUGGGACCUCUGCGAUAUGAUUUUUCAGGCACAAUGGUGUACCUGAGCAACAGAAGCUAUGCAGGCACAGUUCAGUAUCUACCAGCAGACCCUCUGCUCUCCAGCCCAAGAGAUAGAACACGCUGCCUCUCAGGGUGCAGUGUGUGCUCCCGAAGCACAGAAAGACUUUUCUCCAACUCUUCAGAUCCAGGCUCCUUGUACAGCUCCCACUUCAGCCAGUUCAGUAGUGACUCAGAAGGUGAGUGGGUGAGUGUGGAGGGCCGGUUCAGGUGUGUGUCUCUCACUUGUAUGUCCAGCUCGUGUCCCAAGAGUCCUCUGGGCCUCUCUCCCUCUGCUCACCUCGCAGACGGAACAGGGGACCUCAUCCUGGUGUGGGACACUCACCCGCUGGGAUUCCUCAAGUUCCUCUACAGACACACCAGCACUCAGGACAGUUUGACCUGCCGUUUGUGGAGGUGCACCGCGGUGAAGGCCGUCCGUUUCUCUCUCCCCCCCGACAAAGAGGAUGAAGCGUAUGAAGAGAUUGGAGGGUUGAGUGGUGGGCUGGAUGAAGACGAUAGGGACUACAUUGAGACUGUAAGCAGGAGUGGAUCUCAGCAGCACCUGGCAGAGAGAGGCACAGGGCAAGAAAUGACAAAUGAUCAAAAAACCACGACACCAUUCUUGUGUGGUCUAUGCUGCAGUAAAGCUCCUGCUGUGUCAGUGUGGAACUGUGACGGAGAGAUUCUGCCCUCCAGAGAAAUCCUGUGCAGGAUACAUGGCCAGCUGGUGCGUCUGUAUGCCAGGGGUAUCGAGGAUGGAACAGCCGUGCACAACUGCAGCGAAGAAAAUGACAAAUGUGAAAGGGGAUACACCUGACACAAAUAGUCUCACCUAAAUGUUGAAUGAUGAGGGAAAGAUGACAAUUAACUUGUUAGGCAGCGCUUGUUUGUGAAUUUAAUGAAACAGCCUUGCAUUUUGUCAUGGCCAAAGACUUCCUAAUAUUUCAGGCACUUUUACAUACGU